AAGGAAGGACUUUAAGACUGGCACUUUACAGGAAUGUGGAACACAUUUCUGUAAUAAGGUUUAUUUCACUUCCUACCUACCGGAGAGGUUCACGUGGGCAAAGGGGGGAGCAAAAGCCAGAGUGCCACUCACUCAGGUACCUCCAGUGCUGGGGGUUGAACCUGCGAUGUGCAAGUGUCUGUCACACUCUGCCCGUUGAGCUGUUUGCAGAACUUUUGGCAGAUGGAAGAGCAAAUAGCUCUGGCUCCUUCUCUUGGGCGCGUUCAAUGUGGCGGCAAACUAGGAGGCAGCCACCUCCACAAGUAGGGAAGUUGUAUCACCACCCUCAGCAUGACCACCUUUCUCAAGUCUGAUGGCCACUCCCUCCACCCCUGAGAAACUGGUGUUUUAGAAAAGUCUGGAUCAAGAUGGCCAUCAGAUGGCUGGGGGGCGGGGGGCCUUGGCAUUUUUUUUCUCCUCCACUUUGGAUGCACCACGGUGUAUCCUGUACACUGUGUCUCAGGGCAGAGCAGAAGAGUCGCUUGUUUCCUGUGCUUGUUUAGGACACCAGAGUGGCCAAGGAUACCGGCUCCCCGGGAGACAGCCCGUGGCAGUGAUAACUGUGGCCUGUCUGUUCCUUCAGUGCCCCUUGUCUGCAGAUGUCGGUGUGUUUGCACUUCAUUGUGCAAGAGGAAGCUUUGUGAUGUUUGUUGUUGUUUGUUUGGUUUUUUGUUUUGUUUUGUUUGUUUUUAAGUAUUUAUUUUCCCGGGGACUGGGUGGUGGUGCACCUGGUUGAGAGCACACAUUACAAUGUACAAGGACCCAGGUUCAAGCCCUUUUCCACCUGCAGGGGAAAAGCUUUGCAAGUGGUGAAGCAGGGCUGCAGGUGUCUCUCUGCCUCUCUUCUUCUCUAUUUCUCCCUUUCCCUCUCAAUUUCUGGCUGUCUCUAUCCAAUAAAUAAAUAAAAAUAAUAAAAAAGUAUCUUCGCCACCAGACAACCAAGUGGCACUGGUUUCUGCCCUCUGUUGACCCAUCUGUGGUUGCCGGGGAUCAGGGCUUUCCCUUGGUGUGGUUGUGCCGUCACGAGUUGACUUCAGUGGUUGUGUAAACAGCACACCCUGGAAGGCGGGCACAGAUGGGAUAGCCUUUGUGCAGAGUUGGCUGAACUUGGGGCUUACUAUUUUUGGAGCCCAACCCGUGUCGAGUUCUCACUCCAUGACAUGGUCUUCUGGGGAGCAGUCUGCAUGCUCCAUCACCCGCCCCUCCAGUACACAAACUGCCUGGCAUCCCGGGAGAUGAUGCAGACAGCGGCAGGCCAAGCUACACGUUUGGUGAGUCAUGCCGUGACCCUGACAGCUGUUGGCCUCCUGCCAUCCCCUGCGGUCUCAGACCCCAAACUUCCUUCUCUCACCGACCCAGAGCCACAGCAGGGAGAGGAAGCUUUGCCCCCGCCCCUAGUGCUGGCCCCAGCUCUGGCUCAGGCUCUGGCUCGGCCCUUUCCUUGUCACAGCUCCGCCCAGUCCCCAGUUGGAUACAGCCACUGAGAGAGAUUCCUCCAAUUCUUCCCCUCCCACACUGGGUCUAAGCUAGCAGAGAUGGACUAUCCCAAACCCCAGGUCCUCCCGGCUGGCCCCCGCUGCUCCUCCCUGGGACUGUGGGACUCAGGGGCUGCCAGCAGGACCUUUUCUGUGCCUCCCUCCAUCAGCAGGAGCUCGGCCAUGGUGAACGAACCCAGAGGGCUUGGAGGCCCCCAGCCCCACUCAGAGGGCAGCAGCAGUGGCGGGGAGAGCUCCAGGGACAGUUCCAGAUGCUCCACACCGGGGCUGGACCCUGAGCGGCACGAGAGACUCAGGGAGAAGAUGAGGCGGAGGAUGGGAUCUGGUGACAAGUGGUUCUCCUUAGAAUUCUUCCCUCCUCGGACGGCUCACGGGGCGGUCAAUCUCAUCUCAAGGUUUGACCGAAUGGGGGCAGGUGGCCCUCUCUUCAUAGAUGUGACCUGGCACCCUGCAGGGGACCCUGGCUCAGACAAGGAGACCUCCUCCAUGGUCAUCGCCAGCACUGCUGUCAACUACUGUGGCCUGGAGACCGUGCUGCACAUGACCUGCUGUCAGCAGAGCCGGGAGACCAUCACUGGCCACCUGCACAAGGCCAAGCAGCUGGGCCUGAAGAACAUCUUGGCCCUGAGGGGAGACCCUCUAGGUGACCAGUGGGAAGAGGCGGAAGGAGGCUUCAACUACGCUGUGGACUUGGUAAAGCACAUCCGCAGUGAGUUUGGUGACUACUUCGACAUCUGUGUGGCCGGUGGGGACCAGGAGCUUGCGCAUUGUAACAUGUGCGCUCAACCAGGUUACCCCAAAGGACACCCCGACGCAGGGAGCUUGGAGGAGGACCUGAGGCACCUGAGGGAGAAGGUGUCCGCGGGAGCCGACUUCGUCAUCAGCCAGCUCUUCUUCGAGGCUGACACGUUCUUCCACUUCCUUAAGGCCUGCAGCGAGAUUGGCAUCACCUGCCCCAUCCUCCCAGGGAUCUUCCCAAUCCAGGGGUACCACUCCCUCAGGCAGCUGGUGAAGCUGUCCAAGCUGGAGGUCCCGCAGAAGAUCAAGGACGUGAUCGAGCCCAUCAAAGACAACGACGCCGCCAUCCGCAACUACGGCGUUGAGCUGGCCGUGAGCCUGUGCCGGGAGCUCCUGGCGAGCGGCCUGGUGCCGGGCCUCCACUUCUACACCCUCAACCGUGAGGUGGCCACCACAGAGGUGCUGAAGCGCCUGGGCAUGUGGAACGAGGACCCCAGGCGCCCGCUGCCCUGGGCUGUCAGCGCCCACCCCAAGCGCCGGGAGGAAGACGUGCGUCCCAUCUUCUGGGCCUCCCGUCCAAAGAGCUACAUCUACCGCACCCAGGAGUGGGAUGACUUCCCCAACGGCCGCUGGGGCAAUUCCUCCUCUCCAGCCUUCGGGGAGCUGAGGGACUACUACCUCUUCUACCUGAAGAGCAAGUCCCCCCGGGAGGAGCUGCUCAAGAUGUGGGGGGAAGAGCUGGCGAGUGAGACCAGUGUCUUUGAAGUGUUCGCCCACUACCUCUCAGGAGAGCCAAACCAGCAGGGCCACCGAGUGACCUGCCUGCCCUGGAAUGACGAGCCCUUGGCGGCAGAGACCAGUCUGCUCAAGGAGGAGCUGCUGCGGGUGAACCGGCAGGGUAUCCUCACCAUCAACUCCCAGCCCAACAUCAACGGGAAGCCGUCCUCUGACCCCAUCGUGGGCUGGGGCCCCAGCGGGGGCUACGUCUUCCAGAAGGCCUACUUGGAGUUCUUCACCUCCCGAGAGACCGUGGAAGCGCUUCUGCAGGUGCUGAAGAAGUAUGACCUUCGGGUGAACUACCACAUAGUGGACGUGAAGGGAGAGAACAUCACCAACGCCCCCGAGCUACAGCCCAACGCCGUCACCUGGGGCAUCUUCCCUGGGCGAGAGAUCAUCCAACCCACUGUGGUGGAUCCUGUGAGCUUCAUGUUCUGGAAGGAUGAGGCUUUCGCCCUGUGGAUGGAGCAGUGGGGCAAGCUGUAUGAGGAGGGGUCCCCAUCGCGCAAGGUCAUCCAGCACAUCCAGGACAACUACUUCCUGGUCAACCUGGUGGACAACGAGUUCCCGCUGGACAACUGCCUGUGGCAGGUGGUGGAGGACACUUUUGAGCUACUGCACGGUCCCGUCCCGAGCAAGAGGGAGCCAGCAGCUCCGUGACCCUGCGGCCCGAGGUCCUUGGCCUGUGGCCACGUGUGCAUCUCCUGCCCUCCCAGGGCCUCCUGCUUGUCCUCCUGUGAAGCCUCAGCCUCCACUCCCCACACGACCAUGGCAGCUAGUGGGAGGCUUCUGGGCCCUGGCCGCAUGUCAGUCUCUGCUCGGCUGGCUGACUGCUCUGCUGAGGACCACCUGCAGAACAGCGGCCUCCUUGAGUCAAAGAACCAGUUUCUAUGAGCCUGUGCCAAGGGCGGCUCCUGAGAGCCAGCUUGGAGCUGUCAGCGCAGCCUUAUUCUUGCAUCCUCAGUGGGGUGGGCAGAGUGAGUGGGCACUGGGCCGGGAAGAGGCCGAAGGGCCGGCCCCUGCCACCUCCAGAACAUUGGCAUCCAGACACUACAUCCUUGUGACACGAGGGGCUGGUCACUGCCCUGCUGGCCAGGGACCAGGCCCCUGGGCGGGCCGCGGGCCAGCACCUCCUGGUGGGCAUGUUCACAGCUCCACUGGCUUUGGUCUUCUCCAGUGCUGCUUUCUAAACCAUCACCUGAGUGUCUGUGGUUCCAGAGAAAAAGUGCCUCUAGAAGUGAAA